AUGUCCUAUGCCUAUCCGAGCACAUUUGUCGGGACACAGCGCAGCGAAAAGACCGAGAAAGCCACCCCCGACCAAGAUGCCCCCAUGUGCGGCUACAUCUUGUUAGUGAACCUCUGCGGAUGUUAUGGCGGCUUCGAGUUUGAUACGUCCUGCGACCGGAUCUUUGAAGAGCUGAACAGGAUAAACGAUGCCGACGCCUGGGGCUCUGAUACCAUCAACGAGCUGCCCUUCUCAUUCCCCAACGAGUGCGUUCCUGGCUGGCACAACACGCGCUUCAUCAUGACCUACGGGGUCUGUUGCUCUCAGUGGUGGUCUAAUUGCCCUUCGGUUACGGUUCCUGGCUACCCAUGUCUUUACUGCUACCUGGAGGACGUGUAG